AUGCCCAAUGUUAAGCUUCCUGAUGCUAUUGUGCGGGUUGUUCUCAAAUACCGACAUUGUGAUGGGAACCUCUGUAUCAAAGUAACGGACGAUGUAGCUUGUUUGCUGUAUAGAACAGACCAGGCGCAAGACGUAAAGAAGAUCGAGAAAUUCCACAGUCAGCUAAUGCGACUCAUGGUGGCUAAGGAAUCCCGCAGUGCUGCCAUGGAAACAGACUGA